AUGGACGAUUAUGACUUUACUGUCUGCAUGGAUUCCCCGGUGUUUUUGGAAUUGGAACAAGAAGUGGAUAUGGACUCGGCGGAUUCUUCACGCUCGUCGGCGUCCCUGUUGCUUGCCAAGCCAGCCAAAGCGAAGAAGUUUUUCCCGCCCGCCCAGGAUGAGAUGAAGGUGGAGCUCGAGGAGGAAAUUCAACACGCGGCCGAGAGUGGCGAGUGCAACCUCUCGCAGAUGUUGCUGCCUCAGGUUCCCGCUAGUUUGCCCCUCGAGACUUUGGUGACUCUCGUCCUCUCCGGCAACCAGCUUACCGAGCUGCCUGAGAGCCUCUUCGAGGGCCGCUGCUGCCGCCACCUUGUCAAGUUCGACGCAAACUCCAACCAGCUGAAAGCAGUCCCUCAGUCACUACUCGUCUUGCCCAAGCUUGAGGUGCUGCUUUUGGACCACAACAACAUCACCGCCAUACCUUUUGACGGGCUGGACCUUAAUCAGCAGCCACUGCUACCCGCCCUUAACUUUGUGGGUUUGGAGUUCAAUGAAUUACAGGCAUUCCCUGUGGAGUUCUUUAUACACUGCCCGCUUUUGAGUAAAAUAUUUAUUGGCCAGAAUGAGAAAAUGCUGGAGGCCCCAGUGCCCACUGGUCAACUACUUCGCUCCACCGUUGCGCAGCGCCACGGUAGUAACAAUAAUCAUAAUGGUGAGAAUCGUGUCAUUUUAAAGGUGGACAACAGGCCAUGCUUUGUGAAACAAGUGUUGGACGAACGUUGGGACACUACAAUGCCUUGGUUAGAGGUUCAAUUCCACAAAAUUUACCCUGACAGGGUGCUGGGAUUUAUGUAUCUUGGUUCGCUCCGCACUGCACAGACCCGAACCGUCUAUCGUGAUCUCAACAUUGAUUACAUACUCAGUAUUGCGCGAGGCAUGGAAGUUAGGGUGGAUCCAGGCAUGAAACACCUUGUGUUACCGGUGGAAGACAUUCCUGGUGAGGAUAUCCAGCAACUCUUUGAGCAGGCCUUCACCUUCAUUGACGAGGCUAGGGAGAAAAAUAAAGGUGUCCUCCUCCACUGUUUUGCGGGACUUUCUCGCUCUGUGACUGUCGCGGCUGCAUAUUUGAUGAGUCGGUGCAACAUGACGCGCGAUGAGGCCCUCGACUUUAUCAGGAAGGCACGGCCAGCUGCUCAACCAAAUCCGGGAUUUAUGGGGGCGUUGUGGAAAUUUGAAAAGUUGCUUGAGGAGCGGAGAGGAGAAGGAUCUGUUGGUCAGGGGUGA